AUGGCUCGAUCGUGCCUAAUGACCGUGUAUAUCGUGCUGCUGUGCGGUGUGCUGCAGCAUGCGGCAAGUGGCUUCGAAGACGGAAGCGGCCUACCGGAGGAAACGUACGAAGAGUACGAUGAUGACACACCGUACCAUCGACCGAUCGAGCACCCGAGCGACGAAGGUGAAAGCUUCGAAGCUGCCGGCCUGCUGGAGUACGACAUACUGGACCCGAUCACUGAUGAUGACAUUUUUUAUUCAGGAGACUACGACGACGAAGAGCCCCCGGACAAUUCGUCCGAUGCAGCGCCAGCGGAAGUAGCGCCGGUGCCAGUUAAUUCCUCGCCGGACUCUGAUCUGCACAGUGUCGCCACCGUCAGUGUUCGACAUGAUUUCGAGCCGAGUGAUAGCGAUCGUGCCGUCGAUAAUAAAACUACGCUCAAUCCGAUCAUGGUGCCUCAACCUGCCGCAGUGCUACUUAAAGAUGCUGCCACAACGAAGGUUUUUGAAAUGUCCACAACCACCAGCAGUAGCAGUAGCGUAACACCAUCUGGCUCUUCUGAAAUGCCGCCGACCUCAAUGACUGGCGAGGACGAAAAUAAUUGCAAACGCUAUCAGAAAUUUGCCAACCAGCCCGUUUUUCGCAGCGAAACCGCGAACGUCAUCCGCAAGUGUUGCCCAAUCGGCCAGCGCCUGUUGCGCGACGGCACGAAGUAUGUGGAUUGCGGAACGGAAGACUUCCCGUCCGGCCCGAUGAGUCCCAGCUUUGAGGUGCGACCCAUCGUAGCGCAGUUCUAUGAUGGAUGCAUCGAAGAUCUGGAGGAGGACAUUCAGCUGGGCGUUGCCAUCGGUGACCCGUGCCCGAUGGACCGGGGCCUGUUGGCUUUUGGGGCGAAAUCGAACGACACCCUGUACGUGAUUCAAAACGGAUCGUUGCUGGUAAUCUUCAACGCGGUCGACGAGUUUCACGUCUACAAUGCGUACUGUCUCGAUUACGACGCGAAAGAUGGGUCAAUGCUGGCGUACGUUUGCGUCUCGGAGGUGGAACUCUUGCCGGACAUCAUUGCCGGCCAGCUGGUGAUGCUGACGCUGUGUCUCAUAAUAGCGGUGCCACUAUUGCUGGUGACGGCCGUUCUAUACAGCGUCGUACCGGAACUCCAAGAUAUCCAUGGGAAAGCGCUGGCCAUGAAUUGCGUCAACUUUGCCGUCGCGCUGCUGCUGGAAACCUUUUUCCAGCACCGAACCCACGGUAAACGGGCCGAUUCGGAUGAGAUUGUGUUGGAAAGCUACGCCGAGUACUUCAUACUGGCCACGUUCUUCUGGCUUAUGGUGAAUCUGGUCAACAACUGUCUACACGCUUGGUAUUUCCUGCCACGUGACCGAGACCAGCGAGGAGAGAAAAUCCGAUUCGCUAUCUACGCGGCCGUAGCCCAGUUGGUUCCGCUUUGGAUCAUUUUAACGUUUGCUCCCAACGCACAUGGCGCACGCGUCGUGAAGCACUAUUUCUUCGGGACGAUCAUCAUUACGCUGAUCCUCAACAUGAUAAGUCUUUUCGUAACGGUCGUUGGUCUGCGGCGGGUCAUAGCGCUACACUACUACUAUAAAGAUGUCCGACAUCGUUUGAUAGCAGCCAACCGUGGGUCGGAGACAUCUUCCGUUCCCAUGAUACAGUGUGACCGAUUGAACAAGGUUAUUUACAUGAAUAAGUACACCACUCUGCUGUUUCUGGUGAUGGCCACCGUUUGGAUGGUUACGAUCCUCACCUACUACACGACGGGCGAGAUUCCGAUCUUUUUCGACAUCCUGUUCGGUUUCCAGGGCAUUUUCAUCUUCCUAAUCUUUGUCUGUAUGCGAAAGCCGUUCCGCGUUGUUCAGAACUGGUUCUUCCGCCACGGCUACUGCGCCACGUGUUGUUACAAGGACGAGAAACCACAGUCGCCGAAUAACCGCAGUGAACCGAUGAUGAUGGCCCGCUCCGUGCCAAACGGCGAGCCCGUCAUGACGGUCCUUCAGCCACUGAUGAUGCACGGUCCCGCACGGUCCAUAUCGACGACGGAAUCGAUACCGUGCACGCCAGGCGGCGCAGGGAGCGGCAGACCACGAGUUCGGAGCAAAAAUCCGUUCAUGUACGUGGCGCACGAAUCCUGUACACACGGCGCUCAUGCUGUGCCAGGGUGUUAGAUUGCCGGGUCACACACUGCCGUCAACAACUACAAAAACGGAUACGGGUUUCGUGGUGGUAUUCAACGAAUACAAACUCUUCUCUUUCUAGCUUUACCUGUGGGGGGAUUUUCUAAUCUUAUAAGCACUGAAAUUUCGGUUCUAAUUUUGCAUCAUACCUUUUUCGUAACGCUUACUGUCCCCAAGACUUCGUACAAAUAAUUUACAACACAACUUGCGCGGUAAGAUUAAACUAUUGUUCGUUUUCAUUAAGGUUCCAUUUAUUGGUCACAAUCGUCGAUGCGAAGAAAACACGGUCCCGUUAACAAGAUGCACAAAACAAUAACAUUUAGACACGUUAGGAACGGUUUCGAUCUAAAAGGAUUUCGUAAACUGGCCAAAUGGUGGCCAUUUUGUAAGUCAAAUUGCUUUGCAGGCGGCGACGAUUAACUUUGCGGAGAGAAAGUUUCACUGUAGUUAUCGCCGCCUAUUAUCCUUAGCCUUAAAAUCGUACCCGUGGUAGUCGUACGGGCGUGCAUUUUCAUGUGUCUGUGUCUGAGUGUGUCUGUCCAACUGGAAGCAAAUAAGUUGUUCAACAAUCGCAUAAACAAGAAAGCAUACCAACAACGGGCUGCACACGUACACGACGGUGCAACUUGAAAACAAAACUGUGACACUGUACAAAAUAACAAAAGGUAAACCACGGUGGCACACCAUCUAGAACUGUACUUACUUUAAUAAAAAAAUAACACGAGUUUUAUAAAAUAAGCCACGGACUUCGCACAGGUCGCAUUUCCUGUCUCGCUAGCAGUACUACCAGAGCACACGGCAUCAUUUACUUUACAUACAACUCAAUGGUAA